AUGCUGUCCCUCAUCACUCAUCCCAACUUCGAAGUCACAGCUUCAACGCUGCGCUCUACCAUGAUUAAUGUGGAUCAUGGUCAUGAAAUUCUUGCCUUGCUCGGUGAUCGCCCCGAAACCAGGGAGUUCUUUGACCAAUCACUCCUGGCAAUUGCAAUUACAGACUCUAGCAAGGAUAUGGUAACAUAUCUUCUAGAUCGACUCGGCAAUACUCUGAUUGUAACUGCGACCAUGAUUACACAAGCCUCUACAAACUGGAAAUUUGGUCUGGAGAUCGCCGAGAUGCUCCUUGACCGGUUUCCCAACGACAUCCACAUAACAGACGACAUCAUCCUCUCCAUCAUGGACGUGAACUCGAGUGACUCGACCGACUCCUCAAAGGUUCACGACGUCUUGCAGCUACUGUUUAAGCGAGUUGGACCAGAAUUUCCGGUCACAGAGCGACUGCUGCUAGGUGCUGCUAGGUCAGAGUUUGAAGAAGGUGACGAAGCAGUAGUUUUCAGGCUUGUCUUGAGUCGUUUCAGCGACAUUUUGCCGAUCCCCGACGACGUCAUCAUGGCUGCGGCGGAGAACUCGAAUGCAUGGGCUGCUAUGCUGCUACUCCUCCGUCGCCGCAAGCCGGAGAUACGCAUCACAGAGGAGAUCCUGUGUGCUGCAAUCCCAAACAUGGACUCGUACUCAUCUCUGCUAUGCAACGCGGCCAGGCACUCUGUCAGAAUCACUGAGAAAGCCAUAGAGACCGCUGCGAAAGUUUCGGAUAGGGAAGGGUUCUUGCAGGUAUUGAACGCUGCCGAUACCAAUAUCCGAAUUACCCAGGAUAUUCUUCUUGCUGCUGCCACCAAUUACGAUCACAAUGGCAUCCAGAUCAUGUGGCUUUUGCUACGAGAAUCUAUGAAUGCGGAUGAAGUUGGAAUCGAAAUCCUCGAGGAGGUUUUGCAGGGCGACAAGUGGGGCAUCAUGUCCGUUAUACUCAAACGGCGUGGCGCGACGAUUCGUCUAGAUAAGGAUCUUAUACAGGGUUGGAUUUCUAGUGAACGUACUUGCCGGAAAGCGUUGAAAUUUCUGUUGCAGGACAAAGCAGCCGAGGUUGACAGCAUCCUGGACGCCAUGUCUGCGGAUGAGCGGGCAGAGUUUGUGGAACGACGGGACCAACUUUUCAAGCGGUUUGAGCAAGACUCUUGGGAAGACAUAUUCAAGAGGCAAGGUAAAUAG